AUGCCAACACCAAUACCGCUAACAAAAGCCAAGAAUCCACCGCCACUGCCCCAUGAGCUGCAUAACAACAUCAACAGCCAUUAUGGCAGCAGUGCCGCGCUCAGCAACCAUCAUUCGCAUCAUCAGCAACACCACCAACCACAACAACAGUAUCAUCCAAACACACCCACAAACAACAACACUAACAACACCACUACUAAUACACAAGAACCACCAACAACAGCAACAUCGGUUGCAAAUAAACAACAAACACUAAACACUAAUACACCAACGAAAGCAUCUCGUGAGGCAACUCCCACAAGGGAGCAGCAGCAUGCCACGCCAACGAGGGAGCAACAGCAACAACAAACACCAACCCGCCAGCAGCUCUUGCAACAACAACGUGAGCAGCGUGAACAACGCGAACAACGUGAACAACGUGAACAACGCGAACAACGCGAUCAACGUGAACAACGCGAACAACGUGAAUAUCAUCGCGAUAGGCAGCAACAUUUGCGAGAGCAACGUGAACAGCGCGAACGGGAACACCAAGGACACGGACACGAACACCAUCACCACGAUCACCACCAAGGACACCACCAAGGACACCAACACGGACACCAACACGAUCACCACCACCAUCAUCAUUCAUCGGCAUCACAGCAGCAGCAACACCAACGCUACAGCAGCAGCAGCUACAAAUCUCAUAAUAAUUCCGUUUACCAGUAA